AUGGCCAAAGACAAGGAGACACCAAGCAGCAGCUUGCCGCAUACGCGUGCUCAUGUUAAGCUGUCUUUGUUGGAUGGCGGAAGCUUCAUAGGUGACCUUGAUAAGGUGCAUGCGGGGGCAAGCGGCAAGUAUCGUAUGUACAACUGGGCGUUCUACAUUGAAAAGCAAGGGAGGCACAUGCUGUGGGAUCUUGGCCUUGACGAGGAUCGUUCGAAUUACACACCUUGGGUGAACAAAUACAUGCUUGAUGAGGUGAAUCAUGUUGGACCUCGAAGAACGAUCGUGCGGCAGCUCUCGGAAAGGGGAGUUAGAGCAGAGCAAAUUGAUACUGUUCUCUUCAGUCACGCACAUUGGGACCACUGCCGCCCUAUCCGUGAUGUGUUUCCCAACGCCACCGCCGUUUUCGGGCCGGGUACUGUAGCUGGCUGCUCGCCAGGACAUCUCAAAGACAUCAAUCUACAAUGGGAUGGACGAUUCUUCGAUCCCGAGCGCGCAACAGAAAAGUUGGAAGAGUUGUCUGGGCCAUGGCAACAAUUUGGUCCCUUCGAGAAAGCGAUGGAUUACUUCGGCGAUGGCAGUUUUUGGAUCAUCCAAGCACCAGGCCACAUGCCUGGAAACUGUCUGGCGGUAGCAAGGCUAGAAAGCGGGCACUGGGUCUGUCUCGGUAGUGAUUGUUGUCAUUCGAGGGAACUGCUUGAUGGAAAGUGUGAGAUCGCCGAAUUUUGUGUGCCCAGCAUUGGCAAAAUGUCGCUUCAUGCAGACUUAGACGCUGCGAAGAGCACCAUCUCCAAAGUCCGCCUUCUGGAGAAAGAAUAUGAUGUUCGCACAGUCCUCGCGCAUGACGUUUCCUGGAUGAUAGGCGAUCAUGCAGACGAAGUGCUCUUUGCGUUACUCGACACGCAAUUGAGGGCCUCUAGAAGUCGGAUAAGGGAAGGAGAAAUACCCUAA